GUUUUCUGAUCAGCGUAAAGAAUAAGUUUACUCUCAUUACUGUUGUAUAAGUUGUAUUGAUUGAUCGUUGAGAUCUAGAAUUCUAGGUCUAGAUCUAGAUCUAAUCUAAAAAUCUACUGGCAAGUGUUUGAAUCUUGUCCAGCAAAGAUGAGUAGCAGUUCUGACAGAGUAGAAGAAAAGUUAACUAGGGACAGCUGGAUGAAACAGUUAAUGAGUCAACAUGUUGGACGAGCAGACAUGAAUAAGCUGAUAAUGAAUUAUCUGGUUACAGAGGGCUUCAAAGAGGCAGCUGAAAAAUUCAGUGCUGAGUCUGGAGUAACACCUACUGUUAACCUGGAUAGCUUGGAUGACAGAAUCCGCAUCCGUCAAGCUAUUCUUGAGGGCAGGGUUAUGGAAGCCAUUGCUAUCAUAAACUCCUUGUACCCAGAACUUCUGGACAACGACAGAUAUUUAUUUUUCAGACUCCAGCAGCAGCAGUUGAUAGAGCUGAUCAAGAAGAAAGACCUGGAGAAGGCCUUGAACUACGCCCAGAGCAGGCUGUCUGAGAGGGUGGAGGAGAACCCAAAUGUUUUGCCUGAGCUAGAAAAAACAUUAGCACUACUGGCAUUUGACAACCCAGAACAUUCCCCAUUUGGUGAACUGCUGCACCCCUCACAAAGGCAAAAGGUGGCCAGUGAAGUGAAUGCUGCCAUCUUGGAAACUGAUGCAACUCCACGUCUUGCUAAUCUCCUUAAACUGCUGUUGUGGGCUCAGGAAGAACUGGACAAAAGGAAGGUACCAUUUCCUCACAUGAUCAACAUCUCUGAAGGGACCAUAGAGGACAUUUAGACACAGGAUAGCCAGAAGUGCUGUAAACCAUCCAUUUCUAUGGCCACCACUACUGUAAACCUUCACUUGUACAUAAAAUAUUUAUUUUGUAACAGUUGUUUAUUUUUACCUCUAACUGAAAGUCAUUUAUUUGUGACUAGUGCAGCCUCCCUGUACUGUGCACCUCACAACAUGUCAGUUCAAUCAACAGAUUAAUUUAUGAAUGGUCCAACAAGUUCCUUUAAAUUAAAUCCAGCUAAAUAGUCUUACCAGAAUGAGUGUAUAGUGCACUUUGAAUUACACCAUAACUGACGCACUAAUAUUAAUGUGUGUAGUUCAGACACACUAUAAUUAAUGUGUGUAGUUGACGUUUUUUCUGUUUUGCUGGAUCUCUUAGGCAGUAUUUAGAUUGGUUGAAGGUUGGCUAAUGUAGGCAUUUUUGGUUAAAUUACAGCUAGUGUUGGCAUUUGUGUACUUGCCAUCCUGAAGAAUUAUGUGUGUUUUUAAAGUUUUUGAUUCAAAAGUUGGACCCUCUGCUAAUACAAUGGUCAACUUUUGGUCGAGCAGGCUCUAAUACUUGGCCCUCUUGAGGGUAAUUGUUUCAGUCACUGUCACACUAGGUGGGCUAAACCUGACUUGAUGACUGAGAUAUAAUAACAAAGUCAUAUUUUAUAUUGGUUUUUAUCAAGAAUACAAAGUGGAAAAACAGAGCUAGAAAUGUACUUUACAAUCACAACACUGAGUUCCUGCUCUGUAAAGUGAAAUAAGAUUAGCCUACCAUUAUUUUUCUCUAUUAACAAACCAAACACUUAACACCACCUGUACAUUUUUAUGCCUAGAAUAAAGGUUGCCUUUCUGGCUACCGAAGUUCUGGCUGCAAAAAGUCAAUAAUUCUUUGACUGAAGUCUCUUCAAGAGAAUGAAAGUAGAAAAUUUUACAUUUAAAAUUUUUGUAUCACUUAGGAUAUGUUCUGUAAAUACAUUGAGGUGUUGUAUUUAACAUUUCUCCAUUUCAGUGUGUAUGUUUGCAUUUUUCUGAAGGUCUGCUUGUGUUUGCUGGUGUAUUGGAUGUGUGAGUGGGAAUGCAAUUUGAUUCUUAUGUUGAAGGAUUUUCUUAUUUGCAAAUUACAAUAAAUUGAUUUCUCCAUUUC